AUGGUGAAUGACUUCCGGAUCGCCGCCAGAAACGCUAUCAAAGCCGGUAAUAAUGAUCAGUUAGCCAAUGCAAUUUCCUCAGUCUUGCAAAUAAAUUUACAGUGCUAUGCUUUCAGGGAGGCGUUCAGGGGCACGUUCAUGGUGAACGGAGGGUACGGCCGGGAGGAAGGGGACAGGGUGGUCGGCGGCGGUUACGCCGACCUGGUCUCAUACGGGCGGCUGUUCCUCGCCAACCCUGACCUGCCGGAGAGGUUCAGGAAGAAGGCGGGUCUCAACAAGUAUGACAGGAGCGCGUUCUACACCUCACAUCCUGUGCUUGGCUACACAGACUACCCUUUUCUUGGCCAGGAGACACCAGUGGCUCAGUAA